CAGAUUGUCAAUUUGUUUAUACUUUUUUGAACAGAUCAGGACUUGUGUACGAACGUUUGAAAAAAAAAAUGAAUACUUCAAUACAACAAUCAUCGCAACUUAACGAUGAACAAAUCGAGGAAUUGGUAACAACAUAUUCACAAUACUGUGAACUGAAUUCACAAGCGUACUUCGAUCCGGAAAGUCAGAGUUUGGUUGUUGAUAGUCAAUUCGAUGAAACCGAAACAGAAGCUCCAGUCAAACUUGAUUUUCAAGGCGAAUUUUUAAAAUGUUGUGGACUCAAUACAACAGAAAUGGGUGAAAUUGCAACGCGUGUCAAAUCAACGUAUGAACCAAGCACACAACACGAAUUGUGUUCACAAACAGAUGCCGAAACCAUUAUCCGAGCAUAUAUGACAACCAAUCCAUUUUGGAGUGGGAAUAUUGCAUCGAAGCAAUUGGACAUCGAAGCAUUUUUGGACAAUCGAGAUUUUUUUGUCACACUAAAAAGUGGCACAAACAAUGAGCCAAUUCGACCCAUUGCUGCUAGUUAUAGAAAUGGUAGUCGUGAUCUUCGAUUUACACUGGGUCCAUUGCCGUUGGAAAUAGAAGAUGUACUCAAAAUAGAAACGAGUUGCCCAGAGACUCAAGUAUGGCGUGGCGAGCAAAAGAUUUACGGCCAGAAAUUCAAAACUGUCAUGUUUUAUGGUCGAUGCAAGCCACAUGGUACUGCCAAAUCGGUGCCAGGACGAAAUGUAAAAAUCUACGAAGUAGACGAUGGCAGUGGAGGGAUUAUUGUACAUUUUCCACAUUGUGAUAGCAAAUAUUUGGCCUUAAGUCGUGGAAUCGACCGUUUGCUUGAACAAUACGCAUUGGCCAAAAAAGAAGGCAUCGCAUUCUUGGGAUCAUCACAUUACGGACCAAAAACUGAAAAAUGCAAACAAAUGCUAAACAAUAUCAAUAUACUCAUAAAUAUAAUCAAGAAAAAUGCGAUCAUUAAACAAGAAUUUUUUAGACAUGGCAGUAAAGUAUGUGUGAUUGGCCGAGUUUUUUGGCACAGAGAUGGAAGGAAUCACGUAUUUGCAUACGACAUGUUUGAAGAUGCCGGCGUUAGUCGUGAUUUUGAAAUUAAAUUCAAAAAGCAUUUAUUGGACGUCUACAGAAUGAAGUAUUUAAAGUUUAAAGUCAAUGGCGAACCAAUUGAUAAAAUUUAAGGCAAAAAAAAACAAUUUAAAACUUUGAGUUUAUAAGUAAUUUAUUUAUACGUGUGCAAUAAGCGUGUGAUGUCACACACUUUUAUUACAAAUAAACAUUUUUUUGUUGUCACAUUA